GCUUCGCAAUUGCAAGCCCAACAGGUUUGGCAAUUGCAAGGGCUUGAUCGCAUUUGAGAAGAAAGCCCAGCCUGCCAGUGUUCGCAAUUGCGAACCUUCCUUCGCAAAUGCUAAGUCAUCAGAGGAGGGCCAGUAUCGCAAUUGCGAUGACUUGUUCGCAAUUGCGAGAAAACUUUACNUAAACGAGUUUGAAGAUGAUGAAACGCUGCGUUUAAUUCCUAAGUGCGAUCACGUUUUUCACCCUGAAUGUAUUGAUGCUUGGCUUCAAUCUCAUGAUACUUGCCCGGUUUGCCGAGCUAACCUCGCCCCUCAACCCGGUGAACCGCCGGCCCAAGUUUCCGAGUUGAACCAAGAGGGUCAACAACAACCGGGGACUGAGCUUCAACAGCAAAACGAAGAAGUUUCGAUACGCAUAGAGGGCGACGAAGAACAACGAGAACCGGUUCAGCAGCAACAACAAGAAGGUUCAGUUAGAUCGAGAGUGAAGCGGAAUUUGAGCUUCAACGUGCCGAACCGGGUUCAGAAGCAAGAAGAAGGGGGUUCAACUAAACCGGGAGUAAAGAGAAACUUGAGUUUCAACAUGCCGAUUCUUUCACCAAGAUCAUUUUCCAUGAAGCCAAGGAUAUUUAGCAAGUUCAGGUCACAUUCAACCGGCCACUCACUAGUACUACCGGGUGAGAAUUUGGACCGGUACACCCUAAGGUUACCAGAGGGGAUUCGUAAGGAGGUAAUGAACCGGGCAUUAUUGAACCGGGCUAAGAGCUUUGGAGUUGCCUUACCAAGAAACGGAAGUUCAAGAAAAGGGUACAGAACCGGUACUGGAGAGGGAAGCAGCAGGGGUGCUAGAUCUAACAGACGGAUCGAUCGGUCCGAACCGGAAGGACAUUCGGACCGGUGGGUUUUCACUAUUGCACCACCAUUCAUUUCUAGAGGUUCAUCAAUAAAAUCACCAAAAGUUGGAGCUGAAACCGGUGAGGGUUCCACCUCUGGAAGUGUGAAAAACGCCGUCAAAUUACCGUCGUUUAAAUGCUUGGAACCAAAAGGUGAUGAAACCUCUUUGAUGUCUGCUGACUCGACUCGAUCUCCGGUUUAGUAAAUCUUCAAUCCGGUUCGAGAUAACCGUUUUUGGAGACGCGUCUGGCGACUUUUCGUGUGCUAUAAAAGAGGACCGUCUUCCUCAUGAUAGGUUGGGCCCCACCUUGAAAAUUAAGGCCUUGACUUUACGCCAAGGUAUAAAUGUAUAUUAGCCCAAAGUUGACUUUCAAUUUUACAGGUUUAGUAGAAAAACAUAUUUGUUACUAUUUUUUUUAUAAAAUAAAAAAUCUUCAAAUUUUUUCUAUAUUUAUUUUUA